GUGCCCAUCUCGUUUCUUCUUUUCCCUUUCAGGAAAAAAGGUGGCCAGAGUAGCCAACGCGCGGCUGGACACCUUCAGCAGAGAGGUUUUCCGUCACGAGGGUCUGAGAAACCUCGUGCGCCUGGCAAGAGUGCGAAACCAUUACAUCUUUUCAGUGGAAUCGACGGGUAUCUUGCCUCCAGAUGUGCUGGUGAGUGAAGCCAUCAAGAUCCUGAUGGGAAAGUGUCAGCGCUUCCUGAAUGAGCUGGACUCUGUGCCUAUGGAGUGAUCAGGCUGUAUCUGGGAAGCAUGUCCCUGUGCUGCUGUUCUGGGCUUCCUGCACCUGCCUGCUGGGAUGAUUCUUCUUCCGUAGGCAAGAGGUUUGAGGUGGGCUUGUUAAGAGUCCUAGGACCAUCUCUUUGAAUUUGUUUUCUGUUGGUGAUAAGCCUCAGUGAGGAGAUGCACUAAAAUAAAGGCUUUUCUUUA